AUGGCCUCAAGGGGCGCCACUCUGCCCUACAGGCAGCUCAUACAGAGCUCCCGCUCGACAUUAGCAUCCCGCCGAACAAUUAGCUACACUCGCCCAUUACGCGCCGAGGUCGAGCAGGAAAAGAAUGAAAAGGACAGCAAGAAUACGAAAAAACCUUCUCUCUUCGACUCGAUGAGAGGCUUUAUGUUCAGCAGACCAGCACAGCCCGGAGACAAACCAACACUAAAACCUCAACCUUCUUCACAAAUGCAGCGGUCAGGUUCCUUGAGCCAAGACUCGAUUUUCGCUGAUGAGGCUGCUGGUGAAUUCGAGGAAGAAGAGGUCCCAGACAAGACCGUUCCUGCCAAAUUGCAAGACCGAUUGUGGAGUAAUAUGCAAAAGUCAAUUGAUCCCAGACCCGAAGCACGCAAGCGAUGGGAGCGAAAGAUGAUCAUUCGAGAGAUCCGGAAACGGGGUCGUUUGACAAAGCAGGAAAUUAUUAUGGCGACGGAGCGUGAAUCGCUCGUCAAGUCUCAUUGGUUCAAGACUUCGGUCAAGAAAUUGACGCCGCUGGCACGACAGAUUGCAGGCAAAAACAUCGAUGAGGCUAUUUUGCAGAUGCGAUUUAGCAAGAAGAAAGUCGCCAAGGAUGUUUUGGAACAUUUGAAGCUCGCCAAAAACACAGCUAUUGUCCGUCACGGUAUGGGGCUUGGGAAAGCAGACGAGUCCAGCAACAAGAUCCAACCGAUCGACGUCAUUCUGAAAGACGGCGAAAAACACACUAUAACCGACCCAACAUCGAUUUAUAUUGCAGAGGCAUGGGUCAACAGAGGUCCUUUCGACACAGGAUACGACCACCGAGCUAGAGGAAAGAUCAACCUUUUACGUCUGCCAUAUACUGGUCUGUCUGUGGUGCUCAAGGAGGAAAAGACUAGAAUUCGCGAGUGGAAGGACCGAGAGACGAGGGCGCUACGCCAGCGUAAAUCCCAGCUGUGGACACAGUUACCGGAUCGACCUGUGUCGCAACAGAACCAGUACUACAGCUGGUAA